AUGUCGACCACCACGACUACCACCGCUCUAACAUCCACCACUCUCAUCGGCACGCUGCCCUCUAUGGCGGGCGCUGCCGCUCUCGUCUCCGGAAAGGCCUGUCCAACUUGCGGCCAGGACGGAUUCCUCGCUGCUGGACAGUCCACAACCGAUGCCCGACGUCGAGCGAAGGACCUGGAAGGCCAGGUCAAUGCUCUGAAUCUACAGGCCAUGCAAAUGGCCGAGAAAUUGGCCGCAUAUGAAGAAGAGAUCCGACGACUGCGUGCGCAAUCGUCCUCCCGAAACAACACAUCCGUGUCAUCCACCGCAUCGACGCAAAUCGACCGGUCCCAAUCGCCCACUCACCUACAAACGUCCCCCAAAUCGCAACCGGGUCGACUUUCUACUCUUGCCUCUUUCCUCCCUUCCCGUCGACCGAGCGCUACCAGUACCACACAGGCUCAGACGGUCGCUUCGCCCCCACCACCGGAACCCGUGCAGCCGGCCACCAGUCAGGAGGAGACAGUGGAAUUACAGAAUGCGUUGAAUCGGGAGCAGAGUCUACGUAAAGCUGCAGAGAGCCAGCUGUCUCAGGCGAGCACGGAACUGGAGGAGUUGACGGCGCAGCUAUUCAGCCAGGCGAACGAGAUGGUCGCGCAGGAACGCAAGGCACGAGCUCGUCUCGAAGAGCGGGUCGCGGUACUGGAACGUCGAGAUGUCGAGAAGCGAGCUCGACUCGAGCGCUUAGAGAAGGCGAUGGCACGCGUGGAGCGGAUCCGAGCGAUGGUCGGGUAG